GGCUCGAUGGCGGCAGACCCGCGCUCAACAAAGUCGCCAGCGGAACUAUCCAGUGAAUACGUCUGCAAACAGCUGGUACGUCAUCUCGCCAUGCUUGGCCUUGCACUCUCCCUCGAAGCCAUAGACCUUGUUCAUGUCUGCUGUCAGGAAGACUGCGCAAAGGAGAUACACACCGUUUGUCUCAUGAUUUCCGCGGUUGAGGAACACGCGCUCAGGGUACAGCCACUUGUAGGCAAACAGUGUGAGGACAACCUCAAUAGACCACGAGCCUCGGUCGACAAAGUCGCCUGUAGGUCAGUGAUGUUGUCGCGGUUUGUGUUAUCCAGCUCAGCCAAACACCUGCUUGGCCGCCGCUUCCGCAUGCCGCCUGGCCAACUGGGCGCACGUAUGGCGCACAUGUACGCAGAUCGAUUUUGCGCCAACUUCGCGCCGCGUAAUGCAGACUCGAAGCGAGCGCUAGUCCACACUUACCGUUGAAGACGAUCAUGUGAUUCUCUGAGGGCGGCUUAAUGAUUGUGAGGAGAUUGUGCACGUCAUAGAACUGGCCGUGUGUGUCACCAACAAUGUCACAUGACACGCCUUCCGGCACG